AUGUCGAUCGGUACGCACAAAGGCCAGGACCUUUGCCGGUCUCCCUGCCGCCCUUUCACUCUUUCAACCCACGCCAAAUCUGCCAUGACCUCGACGAAUCAACCCCAGCAGCUCGCGCUCAAGGACCGGAUUGCCGCGCUCCAGAACAAGCCGGAUGGCUCGAACGCGCACCCGAGCGCGGCGCCUGCCCGCUCCAACACGACGUCCAUCUCUGGACAGUCGACGACGCCGCCUCGGGGCACGCUACGGGACAAGAUCAACAAGUUUGAGCGUAAAGGUGGCGUGCCUAUACCCCGGGGCAGCUUUGGGAUGAACGUGCCGCCUGAGCAGCCAGUUGGUGCUAGCAAGAGCAGGGAGCUCUAUGGCAACCGCAUCCCGAAGCCUGCGCCCAAACCGGGUGCUGCGCCCCUUCAGAACUCUUUGCGCUCUGUGACGGCACCUUCUGCCUUUCCGCGUACAGGUGUGGUCGAUGCUGAUGGCGUGCCAUCGUCGGCUAGCUCUCCGGACAUCGCACCGCUUUCCCCAGAUGUCACUGGCGACUCCGCACCCCCGAUGGGUCCGGCGAGGACUCGGCGCCGGUUAAGUGUCUCUGAGAUGGUUGGCGCGUUCGAAGAACUUGAUGCGCUUAAAGACGCCUCGACCAAGUCUUCGCGUCGUUCUUCGCAGAUCCUUUCUUCGCCUCCCAGCGCCUUGCCUUCGUCUUUGCCAGUAUCACCAGACGCAGAGACAUCCGGGCUGCCCACUCCGCCUCAAUCUGCCGCUGCCGAAACUGCACCAACGACGCCUACGCCACCGGCAGAAACCGCCGAAACACCGACGCUAAAGCUGGAUAAACUCGAGCCGCCACCGAUGAGGCGAGGGAUGUCGAGCGGGUCUGCGCUGUCAAAUGGACCCUCUACGCCUGGCUCCGAUCUGCAGACCGCCGAAAUUCUUACGGGUGUCAAGACGGUCGUCUCACCUACGGAGGCCAAGCCCGUGGAGAUUCCGGUACCUGCAGCGAAGGUUGUUUCGCCCACAGCGUCCAGAGUGACAUCUCCGUCUUCUGCAACCAAGCCCAUACCGCCGCCCAUUGAGGUGGUACCUACGGUCACUGCCGAGCCUUCAUUGACACCCAAGCCGGUGAAGAGCAAGUCCUACAAAGUCGUUGUGCACCGCAAGACGCCGGAGACGUCAACUUCGUCGCGUAACAGCAUCGACGCGGCUGCGGAGCCUCGCCAAUCACUGUCAAGUAGCGGCGAUUCGCAUGGCCACGCGCCUCACUUGCGCUCGAAGCGGCAAUUCAAGCACCUUCAGCAGCAGCCCGAGCCUCCGAGUCCUGCCCAGAACGACCUCUCGGACCUGCUUCAAGAUGCAUCGUGGUUGGAAGCGACGCUCGGCAACAGCAGCUUCGACAUCCCGUCUGUCUCAUUUGACAGUGCCACACCGGACCUCAAUCUCUCGCUUUCGCCAUCCACGCCUACCGUUCCUACCCAACGCAGUCAGAGCAUGCUCAUACCCAACUCGCCACCUCGCUCUGUCAGCCAGACUUCGCUCGGUCGCCCCGUGAGCGCUGUGGAGGGUGGUCGUACGAGCUCCAGCACGCCGUCUCUCAACAUACACGGCCCAUCGGAUAAUGCGCCUGGUAGCAUGUCGCCCAAGAGCACGCGGAGCAAUGUGAGCGCUCGCCGCUUCUUCAGCAUGCGCAAGCCCCGCGCCAGCAUGAGCUCCGAACUCAGCUCGGAUGACUCUGCGCCGCUUGCGACACCGCCGAGCCCGCCCGAUAUGUACGCUCGUGCGGAUGCGUCAAGUCUGCGAUCAGGAUUCAGUGUCAGGAGUGGUGCGAGCAGCAUGAGGUUGAGCCCCGGUCGGGGGCUGAUGGAUCGCAUGCUGGGAAGGUCGGGCAAGUCGAAGAGCAUGUAUGACGAUGGUACACCCACGCCUAUCCCAGAGCAGCCCUACCAAUUACCCACACUACCAUCGCCAGUACGCGAGAACCACCUCGACAUCUCUAUGUCGACCGCCGACCAGUCAAGCUUUGACUUCGACGCGUUCCCUACCGUACCGCUUCACAACAAAUACGCGACGGAGCCCUCAAGGCGGUGA